AAAUCUACUGAUAAGACGUCGCUAUCUAAUUUCUAGUUUUAGCUUUUUCACAACAAGAAAACUUGUUUUUAUAUUUAAAAGGUCAAUAAAAGCCGUCAAAAUUAUUUACUAUUCCAAAUACAACGGUAACCAACCAGCCAUGGCUAAGCCAGUAUUGUAUUCAUACUGGCGAAGCUCAUGCUCCUGGCGCGUGAGAAUCGCGCUAAACUUAAAAGAGAUACCAUAUGAUAUAAAGGCUGUGAGCCUCAUCAAAGGAGGAGGGGAACAACACUGUAAUGAGUACCGGGAAGUCAAUCCGAUGGAACAGGUGCCCUCACUUGUAAUAGAUGGGCACACAUUCAUAGAAUCUCUUAGCAUCAUGAAUUAUUUGGAAGAGACUAGACCCCAAAGGCCACUUUUGCCUCAAGAUUGCUACAAACGGGCCAAAGUUCGUGAGAUAUGUGAGGUAAUCUCAUCCGGCAUCCAGCCUCUUCAGAACCUAAUAGUCCUGAUAUAUGUCGGUGAGGAGAAGAAGAAGGAAUGGGCCCAGCACUGGAUCACUAGAGGGUUCAGAGCGGUGGAGAAGUUGUUGUCAGCCUCUGCUGGCAAGUACUGUGUGGGGGAUGAGAUCACCCUUGCUGACUGUUGUCUGGUACCCCAGGUCUUCAAUGCUAGGAGAUUCCACGUAGACCUACGACCGUUUCCGAUAAUCCUGCGCAUAGACCGCGAGCUGGAGAACCACCCGGCGUUCCGCGCCGCGCACCCUUCUGCGCAGCCCGACUGCCCUCCAGAGAUCGCCAAGUGAAUACUGCCUCCAUCCACGCGCUGGCUCCCUCAGCUGAUAUAAUAAAAAAAAUAUAAGUGGAUAAUUUCUAAGUGGAUAUUUAUUGCCUAAGCUUUUUUUUUGACGUGACUUAUUGUAGAUUUGCCGCAAACGGCAUUAACUACUUGGUUUUCUACAUAACAUAAGCUCACGACUAUAUCCCAAUUGGAGUAGUCAGAGGUACAUCCAUCGCAAGAUGAACUAAGUACCCACACCUCACCGAGCUUUCUGUUAGACCGACAUAAUAGGUGGUGAGCCGUAUCACCGUCUAUUAUGGCUAGUAAAGGGUUUUCUGUUCUCAUGUUAGCUACUAAAAUUUUGUGUCCUACAAUAUCGUGCCCUAUAUGUGUGAUGUCCUGGUUGAAAGUUUCACUUAACAGCUGCUGUAAAAAUACUCUUAAAUAUUAGUGGGAUCAACAAUUGUAUACUAAAAUACAUAGUUACUUAAAUCUACAAAAAUGUCUAUUGUUGGGUUUCUAAUUUGAAAACAGCAAAGUAUCUUCACUUCAAAUUUGUUAGUGGCACACAUGAUUUUAGAAAUAACUAUUCAUAAGUAUUUCACUUAGAAAUUAACCACCGAAAAUUUUCAAAAUACUAUAAUCUAUCCAACAUUUUCGAUAUAAGUUUAUGGCUAAAAUUCUUUACUUUUUCCUAUUGAUUCAUAUUAUAUUUCUAUUCCAACGCGUGGGCUUGGUGAAAAUGAAACUUAUAUGUAAGACUUAUACAAUUUUAUAUACAACAUUUGCUUUAUAUACAUUCCUAGAUAUAAGCUUUACGUACUAUAAGUAAGUAAUAUUGUUCUAGUCGCAAUAAUGAAUUUACGCAAGGUUUUGGGUACUUGACUAUUAUACUUUAUAUGUGUAAUAAAUAAUAUAUACCUUUAUAAAUAGUAUAUUGUGCCAUUACAUUCCAUUUUGAUUUAUAGUAAUGUGUUAAACUAGUACAAAUUGAUUUAUUUAAUUUAAUAAAAUGUACUUGAUUUUUGAAAUUCA